AUGCUAGAGGUUUACGGCGUCCAGGGACUUGACGAGCAUGCUAAGGGGUGUGUCUUGGUGAACAAUUAUCCAAUAAAAACAGUGAAGAUAUUUGGACGCGUCUUAUCCUCAGUCCACAAGAACUAUGAUAUGAACGGCAGAGCCAAUCCUAAUAACUUCUACAUAAUAACAGUGGAUGAUUGCUCUGGGGACGUGUCUCAUAUCAACAUCAAGAUCCCAGAAAGUUGCAUCUUUGAGUCGUUUAAUGAGGAUUCGUUGGUUGAGAUUGUGGGUCAUGUUCUGUUCUUCCAGGACUACCUGCGACAAAUCAUUGGAGAAAGGUUGACCGUGCUCUCCAUAGGGCCAGAUCUAGCUGUUGAGAUUGAGUGCUGGAAACUCGUCUUAGCAACACGAAGACACCUAAAACACCCUUGGCAGUAUAAACCAGAUGUUGUACAACGGACAGAGCCCAGGGAGCCCAAAUUCUCCAAAAGGGACUAUUUGCAUAGACUCGAGAAGCAAAAUUUACGGAUCAUCGAUCCUGAAAGUCAGAUUCCACAAGUAUUGUCGGUCUCAGACAGCUUCAAUAUGGAAUUCAUCGAGGUGACCGACUCUGAUGUGCACGAGUCAUCAGAUGAGAUGCAACUACGACAAACACCUCGCCUUCACACACUCAAACCAGACAAUUCCAGUCAAUGCGACACUGAUAUCGAUGAAAAUUCGUCCCUUCCGUUUGAUGAACCCCUGAUUAUUGUACUAGACUAG